AUGCUCAAAAGAAUGACAAAAUUUAUUUCCAGGGCCCACAAGCUGGACCAUGGACGUUUUUUGCACAUAGGGACCAAGGCAUCACAAAGCAUUGCUGCUCACCUAGAUAACCAGGCUCCUUUUGAGAGUCCCAGAGCUAUUUCUCGCACUAGUGAAAGUGACCCGGCCAAGCAUGGAGAACAGCACGAGGGUCAACACUACAGCAUUUCCUUCCAGGAUUUGAAGACUGUAUUUCCACAUGGCCUGCCUCAUCGCUUUUCAAUGCAGGUGAAGACAUUCAAUGACGCUUCCUUGAUGGUAAGGAAACCAGCCCUAGAGCUUCUGCAUUACCUGAAAAACACCAACUUUGCACAUCCAGCUGUACGAUAUGUUCUCUAUGGUGAAAAAGGAACAGGAAAAACCCUCAGUCUUUGCCAUGUUCUUCAUUUUUGUGCUAAACAGGAUUGGCUGAUACUGCAUAUUCCAGAUGCUCAUCGUUGGGUGAAAAAUUGUCAUGAUCUUCUGCAGUCUUCAUACAACAAACAGCGUUUAGAUCAACCUUUAGAUGCUUCAGCCUGGCUAAAGAACUUCAAAACUUCAAAUGAACGCUUCCUGAGCCAGAUAAAAGUUCAAGAGAAGUAUGUCUGGAACAAGCGAGAAAGCACAGAGAAAGGCAGUCCUCUGGGGGAAGUGGUUGAACAGGGCAUUACACGGGUGAGGAAUGCUACAGAUGCUGUUGGGAUAAUUCUGAAAGAGCUAAGGAAGCAGAGCUCUUCAGGUGUAUUUCGCCUUCUGGUGGCAGUGGAUGGAGUCAAUGCUCUUUGGGGGAGGACCACACUGAAGAGACAAGAUAAAAGCCCGAUUGCUCCAGAGGAACUAGCACUUAUUUACAAUCUGAGGAAAAUGGUGAAAAAUAAUUGGUAUGGAGGCGCCAUUGUGUUGACUUUGAGCCAAACUGGUUCACUCUUUAAGCCCCGGUCAGCAUACCUACCCCAGGAGUUGCUUGGAAAGGAAGGAUUUGAUGCCCUGGAUCCCUUUAUUCCUAUCCUGGUUUCUAACUACAACCCAAAAGAAUUUGAAAGCUGUAUUCAAUAUUAUUUGGAAAACAGUUGGCUUCAGCAUGAAAAAGCUCAUACAGAAGAAGGGAUAAAGGAGCUACUCUUUCUAAGUAAUGCAAAUCCCGGGCAACUGGAGCGGCUUUGUGCCUACCUGUAGGCUCUGAGGCCGGCACUUCUGGAAGAC